AUGGGAGGUGUGGGCAAGACAACUCUCGCACAGCUUGUGUAUAAUGAUGUCAGAGUGAAAGAGCAUUUCGAUCUUAGAGCUUGGGUUUGUGUUUCUGAUGAUUUUGAUGUUGUUAGAGUAACAAAAACUAUUCUAAGUUUCAUUUCUGAUGUGACUGUUGAGGAUAGUGAUCUAAAUUUGCUUCAGGUGAAAUUGAAGGAGAAACUAUUUAGAAAGAAGUUUUUGUUUGUUUUGGAUGACGUUUGGAGUGAGAAUUAUGAUAAUUGGGUUGUCCUAUGUCGUCCAUUUGAGGCAAGCUAUCCAGGAAGUAGGAUUAUUUUGACAACUCGCAAUCAAGGUGUUUCAUCAAUGGUGGCAACCCUUCCAACUUACCUGUUGAAAGAAUUGUCAAAUGAUGAUUGUUUGUGUGUGUUUACUCAACACGCAUUGGGGAUGCAAGAUUUUAGCAAACACGGAAACUUGAAGAAAAUUGGUGAGCAUAUAGUGAAAAGGUGCAAUGGCUUGCCUUUGGUAGCAAGAACACUUGGUGGCUUGUUACGCGGUAAAUAUGAUCCCAAUGAUUGGGAAGAUAUUUUAUAUAGUAAACUUUGGGAUUUACCAGAAGAGGGGGGUGGCAUUUUACCAGCUCUUAGAUUAAGCUACCAUUACCUUCCUCCACAUUUGAAACUGUUGAAAGGUGAUAUCAUGCUGGAAAUGCAGAAAGGUGGCAGAAUUUUGAACUGCAAUUUAACGCCUGUUGAUCUCCCGUAA